AUGACUCAGCAAUACACAAACAAGGCUUACGAGUCAUUUCCGGAAGAAGAAGAGUACAAAAUCUCCGGAAGUGACGACAAUGAUGACGUCAGCAGUGAGGAGAGUGACAGCGCGGUUUCGACCAAUGACAGCGCUUACCAGACGAUCUCAAAGACAUCACGUGACUCCGCAAGCGCGGAAACAUCCGAUGUGAAACAAAGACGUAAAACGACGAAGAAAAUACGAGACUCCAACAAAUGGGACGUCUUCCGGGAGACAUCGCAUGACAACGUGACGUCAAGUGACCUUGACUUCUGGAAGAAGGCUUUCAAGGUCACCAAGGUAAUUUUUGCCGGCGUCCUGUUCGUCUUCGUCCUCGGAACCGCCGUCAUCUCAAAGGGGACGCUGUUUCUGAUCGUCUCUAACAUCUUCCCGCCGAACGCUUUACAGAACUCGACCCUGAAAACGGCGAACGGGUACUUCCGUUACCACACCACAGACACUGCGAUCACGUAUAUCUGGUCCCUGGUUUUGAUUGUCCUGGCUCCCUACGUAUUCACCAUCAUCUCCUGCCUGUGGAGGCUUACUUUUAAGAAAAUUCGGCCGAUAGAAAUCAAGCCUUUGCUUUUGAUGCUCGUUUCGGAGACUGCGCACUCAGUCGGCCUGAGUAUCUUCCUGUUCGGCCUGCUACCCAAUCUAGACCCUGUUUCCGGUUCCGCUUUCUGCAUGAGUGCGGCUCUUAUUCCCGCCAUACUGAACCUCGUAUAUCCAGAAGACUGA